AGGUCAGAUCCCAUAACUGAUGGAGAUGAGAGUUAAAUCCAGAUUCCAGAGUUUACACUCUAAACUACCAUCUCAUUUUACAGUGGGUAAAAAAAUUAAAAAAAUUUAAAAAGGGAAGAAUGGUCCUUACAUGAGACUUUGGGGCCUUUCCAAGAUACUGGAAAGCCAGAAAUGUCCUCCAAAGCUCUCCUUGCCGUCCACGGUGUGCAGGGAAAGUGGAUGUGGGUGAGAAUGUGGGGCAGCCUGGGGCCCUGUGGGGCUCUGCCCAGGAACCUGGCACACAUCACCUGUCUUCCUCUCUCAAAUGCAGUUUUCCAUUUGCAAAAGGAGCUGUCUCAUACAAUGGUUCUGAGACACCAAAGCAAUCAUCUAAGCAAAUGCACUUUACACAUUGCAAAGGCUUAACAGAUAUUAUUUUAUCUAGAAAAAAUGAUUUUUAGCUUUUUAACAACAAGCUUGCAGGAAACACACUGUUCUACAGCUGUUCCCCCUCAGCUCUUCUCUCCUGAACCGUCCUCCCAUCUGACCUUUGAACUCCAUCACUCCAGGGCUAAAUACCUUGAGGGAAGGGAGCCAAGUCCCACAUGAAGGGAAGGGAGAUGGGCUGAAAUCACUAAACCCCUGAAUUUGGAAAGAAGCUCAUAGAUUUGAAGCAAAACCUCAAGGAUAAACUAUUUUUUAAUGUCCAUGGGUUUUUUUUGUGGGGGGGUGGAAUUUUAGGAAGGUUACAUUCCUAUUCCUUGUACAGAAAUGCCCUUCCAGGGAACAGAAGGCUUUGGCCUCCGCAGCCUGGUGCCGUCACCAAGCACUGCAGUCCGUUGCACAGAGCAAGCAUGCCCCUUAUACCAGGUGAGAACGGACAACCAUAAUGGAACCCAAACCUCAGAAGACUCCAGGCAGACAAUUUACAUUUUAUUAUGAAAAUGAAGUCUACAAACAAGAUUACUUUAUUAAAUCACCACCUCCUCAGCUUUUCUUCUCUGCAGCCUCUUGGAAAAAACGUUUUUUCAUUCUGUCAAAGAGUGGGGAAAAGGGCUUUCGUCUUUCCUAUUACAAGGACCAUCAUCAUCGGGGGUCUAUUGAAAUCGAUCGAAAUUCCAGUGUAGAAGUUGGCAUAAGUAGCCAUGAAAAAAUGCAGUCUGUACAGAAGAUGUUCAAAUGCCACCCUGAUGAAGUGAUGUCCAUCAAAACCACAAACAGGGAAUACUUCCUCAUUGGCUAUGACAGGGAGAAGAUUAAAGACUGGGUCUCCUUCUUGUCAUCACUCUGCUGGGAUGUAAAAGCAGCACACCGCAAUGCAGAGCAGGAGAAAUUUGCAUUGGAUGAUAAAAGGCACUUUUCAGACCCCAGCCCUCUCCUUGGUUCUGCCUGCGCACCAGAGGCUGUCAGCGCCACCAUGCCAAGAAAGAGUCUUCCAGACAUGCAUUUAAUGGAAACAAGUUCUCCAGGACUCAGACAAACUCAUCUACCACAUGAUUUCUUGUCAGAGACCACUCAAGAUACAAAAGAAGAGAGUUAUUAUCUUAAUCCUCGAAGUAUUCUUUUAGAGUUGGAUAAAAUAAUUGCUGCCAGUGAUUCUGGUGAAUCCCUUGAACCUGGUGAAACCCUUGAACCUGGUAGUGAAACCCUUGAACCUGGUCGUCCAGACCAGGCCUCCAACAACACUGAGCGCCAGUACAUGUCAAUGAAAUCCUGUCUUUUCAACGAGAUGUCCCAGGAGUCUGCUGAUAGCAAAGAGGAAUCCCAGACGGUUGCAGAGAUCCAGAAUGGGGAGCUUGACCUGCAAGGACAAGCCUCAGGAACGAGCUCUUAUCUUUCACCUGCCAGUAUGGAAGCACAGACCACGAAUGACAAAAAGGGGUCGGCCUCUCUAACUGUUGUGCAAUUGUCUAUACUAAUCAAUAACAUCCUCGACGAAAGCCAAGUGGAGAUGCUGAACGUGUUCCUUUCUCCUGCUGACGUCAUAAACUAUCUUGCUCUCAGAGAAGCUGCAGGACGGAUAUGUGUGGCUCAGUGGGAAGGCCCCCCGCGCCUGGGAUGCUUAUUUUUUCAUGGAGAUCACCUUUUGGCCGUGAAUGACCUGAGGCCCCAGAACCUAGAGGAGGUCUCUCUGUUUCUCAGCCGGUCCAUCCAGAGGGAGAAAGUAAAACUCACCAUUGGUCGGAUCCCAAAUUCAGAGAAAUUCCACGCUGAAGCCUGUACGUGCUCCUUGAAAGAUCAAGGUGUUAUACCUUUUCAGCUGGAUACAUCUGCACUGGAGAAGAUACUGAAGAGGAGCCCAGCCAUUAAAAAGGGUCAGCAGAAAGGGGCUGCCGAGUAACAUGCUGGGGUCCAUUGCCACCGAUCCAGGACAGACUCGGACUCUGCUGAGCUCUGCCACUCCCUGCUGUGUGAUAGGAGGCAAGUCGGUGCAUCUCUCUGAACUUCUCCAUCUGCAUCUUAACAAAGGGAAAAACCAUCCCUUCUCUGGCUAUUGCAACAGGGCUGUUGAGAGGACCAAGUGGGGUAGUGAUGAUGGAACACAGUGAAAAUAUAAGGCUUCUUAGCUCAGAUUUUGUCCCAAACACCACAGACAGAGAUUGGGUAAGUUUCUCAUCUACAAUGUGCUUUGCAUUUCUGUGAGGUCAUGGUCUCCGUUAUCUCUUCUUUGUUGAAGAAUGGACCACUGGAAGUACUCAUUCCAGGAAAGCGAGAUUCCCGAGAGAGAUGUGAUCCCAUAUCUGACUUCCCAGCCACCUCCUGCCACUUACUAUGUCCAUAGCCCAGAGGGCCAAGCUCUUGGAAUCAAUAAUUACCUUAAUUAUCUUUAAGGAUCCAGUAACCAAUUUAGAAGUCGAAGCAGCUUUAAGGUUAUAUCCAGCAACGAUCUGUUUGCUGCACAGUAAGAGAGUCGCCUAGCAUGUCUAAGUUUGAAAGGUCUUAACUAAUUGAUGCAUUAAAUAAUCGAUCCUUGAAGGCUAAAAGAGUCAAGUCUUUUUUCAUAAUUAAAAAAAACCACAGAGAAAUGAAGGAUGAAUCAAAUCAGGGAAUGACAGAGCAAAAGAGGGUUUCACAAAAUAGGUCUUAAUGUGUUGCCAUUUCACAGGGGAGAAAACCAAGGCCUCACACAUUUAAUGAUAUACUUUCUUUGUGGCUCGGGUUUCAUAGCUUGUUAGUGGCAGAAUCAAGAAUCUAAAACCAGCUCUAAGAAACAAAUGUCCUGAUCUUUUUUUUUUUUUAAUAAUUUUUUUUUAUUUUCCCACUGUACAGCAAGGGGGUCAGGUUAUCCUUACAUGUGUACAUUACAAUUACAUUUUUUCCCCCACCUGAUCUUCACUUUGUAUUUGGAUUUAGAUUUGAAAAGACCUUCAGCACAUAGAUGAGACACUCAGAGACAGUUCACGUUUUGUUAUCUAAAUUGUAUAGAAAGUAUUAAAAACAUCAUUUGCAUUGGACCUACUGUUUCUUUUCUUUC